AUGGCUUUCGCCCAGGCGGCUCUUAACACUAAAUGGCGCGCCUUACUAAUUGCAUAUGAAUUUUAUUUGCUUAAACCCUUCUCAUUCUCCCCUUCUCCUCCGCCUCCUCUCCACCGAUCCCCAUCCUCUACCCCUCUCCCACCUCGACACCGACCCCAACCUCAACGUCAGCUUCCCGCACCCUCCGCCAUCUACUCCCCGACAAGCCCCGACGGCGACCCCUCCACGCGUCAUCUCCCGCGCCCUCGACGCCGCGCUCGCCGCCCCAACCACUUCCUCCCCUUCGCGCCGCGCCGCGACGCACGCCUCGAAAGCUCCGCCUACCCCUCCGCCGCCGCCGGCGAGGAGAUCGGCGUGCACCUGUACGCGCGCCGCGACGCGGAUCGCGAUCGCCGCUCGGUGUCGACUCGGCCUUCUCGACCCGGCUCGUGCCGAGCCUGGCGCUGUCUGAGGGCGGGCCCGACGGCGCGCUCGGCCUUGGCGGCUCAGGUGACGCAGUUCGCGUGCGGGGGUUUCGCCGCUCGGAUGUUGCGUCCACGACAUGCCAUGUGCGACGGUGCGGGCGCCACCAAGUUCCUCUGCGCCGUCGCCCGGCUCGCGCGCGGUCUAGGCGGACCGCCGGUCGACCCGGUCUGGGACCGGUCCACCCUGCUCGGCCCGCGCAAGCCUCCCCGGGUCGAGCUGCCGCGGUUCAACGAGAUCUUCGACUUCGACGAACGGGUGGCGUCCCGCGGACCGUACGAUGCAGCGAGCAGGAGCGGGGCCCGCAUGGCGAGGGAGUGCUUUCACGUGAGUAACACGUGCGCCGAGCGACUCAGGAACCGGCUCGUGGACGAGUCCCCGACGGGGUCGCGCCUCACCACGUUCGAGGCUUUGAGCGCGUUCAUAUGGCGAGCCAGGGUCAGGACUACUGGAACUGGGAGCAAUAACGAGAUCGUAAAAAUGGUAUACUCAAUGAACAUAAGCAAAAUUCUCAAUCCGCCGCUCCCCGCCGGGUACUGGGGCAACGUGUGCGUCCCCGCAUACGUCCGUCUCACCGCCGGGGAGCUGGCAGAACAGCCGCUGUCGAAAACAGCUGUGCUAAUUCGCGAGAGCAAGCGCGACGUGACCGACGAGUACGUGAGGUCGUACAUCGACUUCCAGGAGCUGAACUACGCGAGAGGUAUCACCGCGGGGGGAUCGGUCGCCGCAUUCACCGACUGGCGGCGGUUGGGACACUCCGACGUCGACUUCGGGUGGGGCGGGCCCGUCGACGUCUUGCCCCUCUCUUGGAAGUUGCUGGGGAGUGUUGAGACUUGCUUUUUUUUGCCUUACGGUGCGACGGAUGAGAGGAAGGACGAAGGAUUUAGAGUGUUGGUGUCUUUGCCGGAGAAAUUGUUGCCGAGUUUUAAGGUGGAGAUGGAGACGUUGUCAUGUAGCUAAGCUUUUUGUGUGAUUGUACUCGAUAUAUCUUAAUCCUUAUUCCUGUCUAAA